ACCUCACCCAGGAGUCACCACCAUGAGUGCAGCCGCAUCCGCCCCGCUGCCUGUGACAAACCCACCCCAUGCACCGGCCAAGACGGUGGACGUCAAGGAGAUGUCGACCGACGACAUGUACGAGCGGAUGAAGGAGCUGGAGCGGGAGCUGCAGUUUAUUGAGAUCCAGGAAGAGUACAUCAAGUACGAGCAGAAGAACCUCAAGAGGGAGUACCUGCGGGCCAAGGAGGAGGUCAAGCGCAUUCAGUCGGUCCCGCUCACCAUUGGUCAGUUUAUGGAGAUGAUCGACGAGCACACCGGCAUUGUCUCCGCCACCACCGGAUCAACCUACUACGUCCGCAUCCUCUCGACCAUCGACCGCGAGCUUCUCAAGCCCUCGUCCACCGUUGCUCUUCACCGCUACUCGAACGCCCUCGUCGACGUCCUCCCGCCCGAGGCCGACUCGUCCAUCACCCUCAUGGGCCAGGGCGAGAAGCCCAACGUCAAGUACUCGGACAUUGGCGGUGCUGACGUCCAGAAGCAGGAAAUCCGCGAAGCUGUUGAGCUCCCGCUCACCCACCACGACCUCUACGCCCAGAUCGGUAUCGACCCGCCGCGCGGCGUCCUGCUCCACGGCCCGCCGGGCACCGGCAAGACCAUGCUCGCCAAGGCCGUCGCACACCACACCGACGCCGCCUUUAUCCGCGUCGUCGGCUCCGAGUUUGUCCAAAAGUACCUCGGCGAGGGCCCGCGCAUGGUCCGCGACGUCUUCCGCCUCGCCCGCGAAAACGCGCCCGCCAUCAUCUUUAUCGAUGAGAUCGACGCCAUCGCCACCAAGCGCUUCGACGCCCAGACCGGUGCCGACCGUGAGGUCCAGCGCAUUCUGCUCGAGCUCCUUAACCAGAUGGACGGCUUUGACGUCUCUGUCAACGUCAAGGUCAUCAUGGCCACAAACCGGCCCGAUACCCUCGACCCCGCCCUCCUCCGCCCGGGCCGCCUCGACCGCAAGAUCGCCUUCCCGCCCCGGACCGCCGCCAGAAGCGCCUCAUCUUCCAGGUCUGCACCGCAAAGAUGAACCUCGCCGACGACGUCGACCUCGAGGAGUACGUCAACCGCUCAGACGGCCUCUCCGGCUCGCAGAUCGCUGCCAUCUGCGCAGAGGCCGGCCUCCUCGCCGUCCGCGGCAACUCCUUCAUCGUCACCUCGCAGAACUUUGAGCAGGCAUACGAAAAGUGCGUCCGCAAGGACGAGUCGGACCUUUUUAUGUUCUACAGCUAGUCAUAAACACCUUCGGCUGCCCCG